AUGGCUUUCGAGUAUUGUCAAAAACUGCGGACCGUUGAGUUUACAUCCGAAACUUUAACAUUAAAAAGUGGAGUCUUUUCAUUUUGUAAUAAAUUACAAAAAGUGAUAUUUAAAAAAGUGACAAGUGUUGAUAAAGAAGCAUUUACAAAGUGCUCUAGUUUAGUUUCAUUACUUAUUCUGGACUCUGACAGAGAACAAGAUUUGCCACUUUACUCAUAUAAUGGUUCAAAUUACAGGCGUGAAGAUAUGUCACUUUUUGUUGUACCAAAUGGUAUUACUGAGCUAUUUAUUUAUGACAAGGCAUCGCAAAUAACAUCAGGUAUUUUAUCUAUUUGUACGAAUUUGAAAACAAUUAUUUUCCCAAAUAAUUGCCAAGAUUUGAUUUUGUCACUUUCAGAGUUAUCAAAUGUUACUUCAUUAGAAACAAUCGUUUUCCCAGUAACUUAUAAGAAAAUUCAAUUUUCAUCUUUAUCAAGUUUAACAAAUCUCAGAAGCAUUUCUUUAGACUUUGUAGAAGGAAAUAGUUUUAAAAAUUUGGAAAAUUUAGAAACAGUCAAUUUUUGGGAAACAAGUACUUUUGAAACACUCCCUGAAGGUUAUUUUGAAAAUUGCUUCUCACUGAAAGAAAUAAAUUUACCUCAAAGUAUAAAGACUUUGUCAAAAAGAUGUUUUUAUUCAUGCAAUUCACUGGAAAACAUUAAUUUGCCAAAUAAUCUCGAAACAAUUGAAGAAGAAUGCUUCGCAAGAUGUUCAAAACUAAAAGAAAUUGAAUGCAGGAACUGUAAAAACUUUGGAAUUUAUUGCUUCAAAAACUGCGAGAAAAUGGUGAAAUUCAAUUUGAACAAUAGUAAUUUCACGGUUUUAGAAGGAAUGUUUAUGAAUAAUUUCAAAUUGAUUGAACUAGAAUCAGUUGUCAUUAAAAAUGUUUCUAAACAUGGGUUCGCAAAUUGUUUCUCUUUGAGUGAUGAAUAUUUAAUGAAUGUUGAGGAACUUGGGGAUGAAAGUUUGAUUAAUUGCUCAAAUAUUACUGUCAUUCCACGUCAAAUUAAAAAGAUCGGAGCUAGUUGUUUUACUAAUUGCAAUAUUUUGAAGACGAUUUAUUUACCGAAAACAAUUUUAUCUAUUGGAGAGAAUUCAUUUGAGUUAUCAGGGGUAAAAUAUUUGAAUUACUGCGGUAGAAAUGAUUUCUCAUCAUCUCCAAAUGCUUUUGGAAAUUCACAAGUAAUUGUUUACGUUACAAAUGCUUAUAAUUUCCAGCUGUUUUGCGGCAUAAAACCAAUUACUAAGCAGCAAUGUAACUAUGAAAUUAAGACAGAAGAUUAUGUUCCUUUUUCAUUCAUAGGAAGUGGUAGAUUGGUUCGAAGAAUGAAUUUUUAA